CCGGAGCCUAUUGUUAGCCGGAGCCGGGGCGGUUCUGGGCGUCUGCUACCGGGGGCGCCCGAGUUGCUGGAGCCGCCCGCCCUCCGCCGCCUGCCGGCCGACCUGCCCAUCCGCCCUCCCUCCCAGCCCUGCCGCCCUGGGAACUCCCCGACCGUCGCCCCGGGCCCGGGACUCACUGUCUCCUCUCUCCUUCCCACCCGGGCUAGGGCGGCGGCGGCGGCGGCGGCAGCGGGGGCGGCAGAGACCAUCACGGGAGGAGGCAGCUGCGGCGGGGCCGGUAAUGGGCCUGGGGGUGCGGGGCGGAGGGUGCCGCCUCGUCCUUUCUCGGGAUCGGCCCUCGGGCGGCUGUGGAGGAGUGGUCAACUCAGAGCUGCGCGGAUGGAGGGCUCAGGUUCCUGAUGUCUCCCAUUUUUCUGGCGUUGUGGGAGAAAACGAAAGCAUCACUUGCCCUGGCUGCUAGCUUUAUCAUUUUUCACAGGCCCAAAGACGCAGCUGACUGCCAUCCAUCCCUUUUAGAGCCAUGGUCUUGAUUUAUCCUUUUAAAGGGGUUAGAGUGGCGGUGUGAUACGCAAACCGUUCUUCAAUAUGAAAUGUUAGAAGUUAUCCCCAAGAGACACAGUGUCCUCUUGUCCUGCAGUUUUCAGUUUAAGAAGCCACUAUUCCGGGAGUGGAAGUGGGGAAGACCUAGAGAAAAGGGCGAAGGAGAAUGGAACAAAGAGCCAGCAGUCCUUGCUGCACCAGAGGAAGUGAUACCCCUGAGGGCAGCUGGGUUAAGACAGUGAGAAUUUUAAUAAUAAAGAUGAUUUUGGACCAAACCCAACCUCAUGCAGGGCUUAAAGAGAAAUAUUCAAAGGGAAGCCACAACUACUGGAAGCAAAGGGACACGGGAAGAAAGGACAGGCCUGCACAUUUGCUUCCAGUCAUAAAGCCCUGCAUGCUUCCUGACUGAGGAAAAAGCCACUUUCCCAGUAGCAACACUAGACAUCUCAGUUAAAACUGAAGCUGGGCUUAUUAGGCCCUUUCUGAGAAAGCAGAUUUUCAGCUCCAUCUGAGUUUUCAUGUGGUUGAGAACGUCUUCAAGUGGGGAGGAAAAACUCAAUUCGGUGGUCAACAUUAUUCUCUCUCUUUUUUUUUUAUCCCACCCACAUAAGUUCUCAGUUGUAAAGAUUACCAACCCCCGUCAUCGAAUGGAAUAAGAAAUUUGUUAGUUAAGAGGUAUCUUUAAACCCAGCUCCAACCUUACCCCAUUCAAAGGUCCUUGGCUCUCUCCAUUCGUAAUAUGUCCUAGGAAUGUGAGCUCUGAUGGGAAGAUCAGUAACCUCAAGAACAGAAUCGACACUUUGGGUUCAUUUUUAAAUUUCAUUACAAUUCUUUUUAUUUUUUUUAAAGAUUUUAUUUAUUUAUUCGACAGAGUUAGAGACAGCCAGCGAGAGAGGGAACACAAGCAGGGGGAGUUGGAGAGGAAGAAGCAGGCUCACAGCAGAAGAGCCUGAUGUGGGGCUCGAUCCCAUAACACCGGGAUCAUGCCCUGAGCCGAAGGCAGAUGCUUAACCGCUGGGCCACCCAGGCGCCCCUAAAUUUGAUUACAAUUCUUUCCAAGUACUUGAUUUUUUUCCCCUCCUCUCUGGCCAAAUUUAGUUCAGGAAUGUGCUUGUCUGAGACCUAGGAUGGCUGAGGUUUCUUAGGUACAUCUUGGGACUCGAAUGCAGAAUUUUGAUGAGAUCUGGAUGGAUAGAUCAGGAAAUCUCUUCGCUCAAGUACUUAUUAGGUCUGGUUGACUACGUAGAGCUGAUCCAAGAGCAGGCACAUUGCUUCUGAGAGACACAGGCCAGAAAAACAGCUCUGUCGCAGGCAUCUCUUGACACCACAGUAUAUUCUGGGUAGCUCUGCAGUAACGCGGCCCUGUCUUUCUGGGCAGUGUUGUUAUUCCUGCUGCAUAAUUAGCAGUGAGAUCAUAGUCUGGGGAGAUUCGGGCAUUACUGAGGCGAAGCAGGGAGGCUUCAUAUCAUCACUUGUGGCCCCGGCUCUGACAGCAUUUCUGUCGAGCAGAUUUAUCUUCUUGGGAACUUAAGUCCAAAGAUGGAGAAGGGGAAAGAUUUGUACCUGGGAAAUGGACCAUUCCAGACUCUGUGUGUGCGCGACAUGUUGAAAACACUGCCCGCCAUAUUGACGUCACCAGAGUCCACUGUCACUUUAGCUAUUUGUUUCCCCCUGCCAGCUUCUUCACAGAGGACUAAAAUGGUAAAGCUAAGUUUUCCUCGCCCAGGGGAUGAUGAUGAUAGACCCGCUGAGCCCUAUUUUACGGAGCUGUGUGAGAUUGGAAAAGAUUCUGGGUUUUGAAGGCAGUGCAGAUUCUAAUCUUCAUUCUUUAGAACCAGAUUUGACCUUUCUAGGAGCCUGGUGAGACACUUCACCCUUGUGAAAAUCUGGGUAAAGUGUUUCCCUGGCUUCUGAUGUACUGUGAACCUUAGAACCUAGAGCGGUAUUUCUCCAAGUGCGUUCCAAGAAUCAUUUGCCUCCUGAGACGCUCUGGAAACAAAGGGUUCCAUAAUCGGGUAUGGGGACCCCUGCACUGUGUUUGCUCUCACCCUUCACCAUGCUUAUUAACAUGUUUAAAGCCUCUAAGCUAUCCUCUCAAAAGCACUUUUUAAACUAUUUGGAGACAGUGGUCCUAUUUCCAUGUAAAGCUAUUAAUAUCCAUGGAACUAGUUUAUUUAAUAUAUACACUUUGGGAAAAGCCAGGCUAAAUUUUCACUAGGAAAAAUAAUUGGAUCUACUCUAGGUUCAGGCACAGCCUAAUUCUGCCUCUGAUCCCUAGUCCCUCCUACUGGCCCCUUGGAGAGCUCUCCUGUGUGAGCACAGAAGCAGCUCCCGUUAUCCCCGGGCUAGUGAAACCCAGAGCCCAGCUGGCUUAGAACCAGAGGCCUUCACUGUGCUCGGAAAGGUGCUGCUGUUUCUCAUCUCGUUAUUCUACGAGCCACUGAGACUGGAGGGGCUAAAGAGAAAUAAAAGUAGGAGAAUGUUGGCCAGAAUAAGUAGAGAAAUGACCUAGUCUCGAGAGACCAGACAUCAGUGCUAGCUCAGGGACUUCCUGUCUUCGUUUGGAGAGCUGUGUGUAUAGACUUGGGAGGGGUCUGGCUCAGGAUGGGAAUGCUGAUUCCUCUUUUCCCCUGGGCAGAAUCCUAAUGCACCUGGCUAACUGGUGGUGAGCUGGGGCUUUGGGGCCAACUUGGUGGGCUCCCCAAGGAAACCCCUUUGAAACCAAUGGAUGCAUUCACGGGCUCGAGUCUCAAGAGGAAGUUUGAUGAUGUGGAUGUGGGCUCAUCAGUUUCCAACUCAGAUGAUGAGAUCUCCAGCAGUGACAGUGCUGACAGCUGUGACAGCCUCAAUCCUCCUACAACUGCCAGCUUCACACCCACAUCCAUCCUCAAGCGGCAGAAGCAGCUGCGGAGGAAGAAUGUCCGCUUUGACCAGGUGACCGUGUACUACUUUGCCCGGCGCCAGGGCUUCACCAGCGUGCCCAGCCAGGGCGGGAGCUCGCUGGGCAUGGCCCAGCGCCAUAACUGCGUACGCAGCUACACGCUCUGUGAGUUCGCCCGGGAGCAGGAGGUGAACCAUCGGGAGAUUCUCCGUGAGCACCUGAAGGAGGAGAAGCUCCAUGCCAAGAAGAUGAAGCUGACCAAGAAUGGGACAGUGGAGUCGGUGGAGGCCGCCGGCCUGACCCUGGAUGACGUCUCAGACGAAGAUAUUGACGUGGAGAACGUGGCAGUGGAUGAUUACUUCUUCCUGCAGCCCCUGCCCACCAAACGGCGACGAGCCCUGCUGAGGGCUUCGGGGGUCCACCGCAUCGAUGCUGAAGAGAAACAAGAACUGCGAGCCAUCCGCCUGUCACGGGAGGAGUGUGGUUGUGACUGUCGCCUGUAUUGUGAUCCAGAAGCGUGUGCCUGUAGUCAGGCUGGGAUUAAAUGCCAGGUGGAUCGCAUGUCCUUUCCAUGUGGCUGUUCGCGGGACGGCUGCGGGAACAUGGCGGGGCGCAUAGAAUUUAAUCCAAUCCGGGUCCGGACUCAUUACCUCCACACCAUCAUGAAGCUGGAGCUGGAGAGCAAGCGGCAGGUGAGCCGCCCCCCGGCCCUGGACGAGGAGCCCUCCCCCGCGGCCAGCGGCAGCCUGACAGGGGCCCAGGGCUCGGAGACGCAGGACUUCCAGGAGUUCAUUGCCGAGAACGAGACGGCGGUGAUGCACCUGCAGAGUGCGGAGGAACUGGAGCGGCUCAAGGCCGAGGAAGACUCCAGCGGCCCUAGUGCCGGCCUGGACUCCAGCAUAGAGAGCCUGGGCGUGUGCAUCCUGGAGGAGCCCCUGGCGGUUCCCGAAGAGCUGUGCCCGGGCCUGACAGCCCCCAUUCUCAUCCAGGCUCAGCUGCCCCCGGGCUCGUCGGUGCUGUGUUUUGCCGAGAACUCAGACCACCCCGCUGCCUCGGCAGUGAACAGCCCGUCCUACUUGAACAGUGGGCCGCUGGUCUAUUAUCAGGUGGAGCAGAGGCCGGUCCUGGGGGUGAAAGGAGAGCCGAGUACAGAAGAAGUCCCACCCUCUUUCCCCAAGGAGAAGGAUCUGAACGUCUUCUCUCUCCCUGUUACCUCACUGGUGGCCUGUAGCCCCACAGACCCAGCCGCCCUGUGUAAAUCAGAAGUGGGGAAAACGUCCACUCUAGAAGCGCUAGUGCCCGAAGAUUGUAACCCUGAGGAGCCCGAGAAUGAAGACUUCCGCCCCUCUUGGUCCCCCUCGAGCCUCCCCUUCCGCACGGACAAUGAAGAGGGCUGUGUGGUGGAGAAAGCCUCACAGCAGAGUGAGGACAGGCCCCCCGAAGAUUCUUCCCUAGAACUCCCUCUGGCAGUGUGACACGGGGUGGGGAUUCUGCCUGUCACCCAUUCUCUAUUUAUUCCCUUAUUUUAUCUAACACCAUUUCAAAACAAAACUGAAGAAGCAGCUGCUACUCCCAUGUUAUUUUAUUGGGGCCUUGGGGGGAUGGGUGGGAAAGAAUUGUUUGUAAAAGUAUUUUUUAAAGGGUAAACGGAACCAAGGAGACCAGUCCCGGCUUGAUCUGGGGAGAGUCCGGGGGCCGAGGAGGCUGCGUGGUGCUGAACACUGAGCUCUCUGGGCCACUGGAUCAAAGAAUGAGGAUCUCCCAGGAGAAGCUGGGUAAUUCAAGCAGCUAUUCUUUAUGUAGGGACCAGAACACAAUAAUUUGAACAGCAUGGCAAAGCCCCUUCUCCUUUCCUGCGCUCCAGGUGGGGCACAAGCUCAUUAUCUCAUCAGUCACCACCCCGAUAGCCCACUUUGGUGUUACCGUCAUCAGCUGGAAUGUCAUCUGGUCACAUCUAAGGAGGCGUGGAUAGAAGGGUCUCUGCUUCUGUAGACGACCACCAGGAUUUGUACAAAUGUACCCUGCCUUCCCUGGCCCCUAUUUGGUAAAUAAGUUAAUAUUUGACAUGUUUGGUGUUCUCUGACCUGUUCCCCACACUGGGGAUUUCUGGUCUGUAACUUGAAUUAUUUCUUUCACAUGUUAUUAGGUACUAGAGUUAAGCUUGUCCAUUUAUCUUUUCCCCCCUCCUGCCUUUUCCCUCGAAGAAAAAGCUAGAUUGGCUGGGGAUGUGGCCUAAAGAGCCGGAGUCUUCUGUCUGCGUCUAACGCCCGCUCUGUCAGGCGGCUCUAGGCUGGGACUCACACGUCCCAUGGGAGGCAUAUAUGCAGCACUAACUACGUCCCAAAGAGGCAGCAGGAACAGGCUGCUGUCUGGAAAGAAGACUUUAUUUGUCCCACACUUGCUUUUUCACCCAGGUCCCUCCCACUCUGGGAGGUUUGAGCUUUGAAGGAACAUAGGAUGUGGCAAUCUAAAGUCACUGACUAGUUUUUGUUCUUUUUUUCUGUAUCUACCCUUGUGGUCCUUGGAUAGACAGGGUUGGAGAGUUCUUAAACUAUUCCUGUCCACCCACCGCCCCCAGCCCCAAGAACUGCAGACAUUUAUUGGAUCCCUCCAUCUUGAUAAUGUCAAAAUUGCAAGCCAAACUAAUUCUUAAAUGCAGCUCCCAGGUUCCAAAGAAUUCAAGUUCUGACUAUAACCUUUGAGAUCGAUCAAGUGGGACUCAAAUUCACUUCUUACCUCUACGGGGUGGGGGGGGCACACAGUUCCUAUUCACCUUAUGUCCAGCUUACGUUCCAGGAUGUGCUCCACUGAACGCCACUGAAUUCUUUUUAUUAGCAGUUACCUCUGCCUCCAUUUGGAGGCAGGAGGGAGCAAAACACUCUUCUCCAGCACCCUUGACAUCAUGCUUCCCUUCUGGUAUGGUUUAUUAACCAGGAAAGAAAACAGUGAUAACCUUUUCGGUUUGGGUGGGGGAGAGAACUCUUCCCACCUACCCUGCUCACCAAGCUGCUUUGUGGAACGUUAACGCGCCCUGUACGUAUGUCGCAGCAGCGUUCCACCUAUGAGAUCUCUCAACUGAGCCUGAGAGGCCUUGUACUUAAACAGAUAGAUCUUUUAACCCAGUCUGCCUCUCCUGUUCAUUCCAGUUUUGCUUGGUUUUAUAUUUGGAGGGGAGUUCUUAAGUACAGGACCUUGUCUCCCCCCCAUCCUCUAGCCUCAUGAAACAGUCUUAAGUACCCGAGAUCUAGACACUCUCCCACCUUCAGCCGGCUCCUUGAAUACAAGACUGAAGCUUCGCUGCAAAUUUGACUCUGGAGAAGAAUCUUCCUGAAAGUUUGUGUUGGAGGGGGAGGGUGGGCUCCAUACAUUCCCUCCUUAGGAAGGCUCCAGCCUCACCUAGGAAGUGGAUUCCAGCUGCUCACUAAGAGACACUUUAGCCUUUGGGAUCAAACCAAGAAUCUGAAUCUAAUUGUCAAACUGCCUGCCAGCCCCCAAGAUAUUUGGUUUUUCUGAAACACUAGUUUCUUCACUUGAUCUUAGCCAAAAGGCCAAGAAGCGAUAUCUGAAAAACUAGUUUCUUAAUCCAAGUCCAUCCCUCCCUUAACAAUUCUGUUGCUGAUCCCCAGUUUUUAAUGCUGAAUAUUAACAUUGAGCAUUAAUCGUCUUGUCAAGCAAAGGGCCUUUUCUACAACCUAGUCCAUCUCGUUUCUGGUGCUACCUGAGCUGGACAGAAUUCUAGCUCACGGUUGCUAGAAAAGCUAAGCCUAGGCCUCUGAUCACAGGAGCAGAUGGCUUCGGUCCCGCUCAGUCUAGGCCUAGAUAAAAGAAAUCUUAUUGCAACUCAUUAUUUUCCAGUUUCCUUUCUCACAUACUGUAUACAGGUAGUAUUUUCAAUGUGAAUCCAAAGCUUGUCUGGUUCUCUGAAAAGAUUUUUUUUUUUUUUUUGCCUUUUAGGUCCUUUACAUUGUGAUAAUGCUGUAUUUAAAGAGAAUAUUUAAAUGUAAUAUUAAAGAAAUAUUCAGAA